UGUAUUUUGAGAUUUAAUUUAUGCAAUAAAAAAAAAGAAAAGAAAAGAAAAGAAAAGAAAAAUUGGAAAUCUUACUUCCGUCCCGCGGUUAACCCGACCGCGAGGCCGAUAAUCAAAGCGAUGAUUAUCACCACUCCAGCUAUUAUCCCACCGACGAGGAGCCGACGUUUUCGCCGGUCGUUCGCGAAUGGCAGCCUUGUAUCUAUGACCUCCCUCAAUUUUCUCAAACUGGUAACUGCGAACGGCCAAGCGAAUUUCGACUUUCGUGCUUCGCUAGAACUGGAACGGGCGGCUUCCCAUUCUAGUGUCGGUCCCUUUUCAUGGUCAACUGGUGCUGCUGCGUCUGGAGGCGCUGUUGCUUGUUGCGACACCGUUGCUUCAGGUGGAGACGCGCCUUCGGGCGAAGCCACUGCUUCGGGUGAUCCAGCAGGUGCAGGUGCAGGUGAAGCCACUGGUACUGGCUUUCGCUUGGGUACUGUAGAGGUAGGAUAUCGGGGCGGCGAUUGA